AUGGAGAGAAAUGAAGUCCAUGUCAAGAAGACUCAUAAUGAGAUUGAACUGGAAAAGCACGACCAAUUAAAAAAAUCGGGAGUGCCCAAAUCUUUCAAAAGGCCACCAAAACUUUAUCCCAACCACGUUCCGCUUUUCACAUACGAAAAGCUCCUCCUUUUUCUAGGAUCAUCAAUUGGUGCCUUUCUACACCCCGAGAGAAACGAGUUCAUUGUUGCAUUGGGCGAAUCUACGGCAACUAAAGGGUUUUUGUUGAAAUUGAGGUCGGACAUGUUGCAUGAUCCUGUUGGCAGAGAGAUUUUGAAGGAAAGACCGUACAUCACAUCAGAGCAUCUUCACUUGGAAAAGUUGAAGUCGUAUCCGGAGAACUCUUUCGGGAAGUGCUACCACGAUUGGCUAAUUAGAGAGCACUGUUCUCCAGACACAAGAGUCGACGUCAAAUUCAUAGACGAUGAGGAGCUAGCUUACAUCUUUCAGAGAUACCGCCAAUGUCAUGAUUUCUACCAUGCACUCAUAGGACUCCCCGUUUUUCGUGAAGGUGAAAUUGCGUUGAAGUUCUUUGAGUACUUGAAUAUUGGCAUUCCAUUUGGCGGAUUGGGCGCUCUAUUUGCACCAUGGAACGUUAAAAAAAGCUCUGAAAGGGAAAGACUCUUCAAGAUAUACUACCCCUGGGCUCUCAAAAACGCAUACCACUGUAAAAAGAACUUAAUCAACAUAUAUUGGGAAAAAAUCUUGGACAAAGACGUUGACGAGCUUCGAAGUGAGCUCAAUAUCGAGUUGCCUCCAGAUAUGCGAGCUUUAAGAAAGAAGCAGAGACAGGCUACCAAGCCACACGCUAAAUGA